AUGGCGGACGGGCCAUCAUACUUUGACCCCGAGCAAGAGUCACGACAGAAACCAAUGAACGGCAUGUCAACGUAUGCAGAGAUAGCCAUCGAACUCUCCGACAGUCGCGCAAGCGCCCAACGCUUGCGAGAAGGGAUUGCCAUGAAGACGCAAACAGGCGACGAUGCAGGCGAGCUGCAUGUGGACCAGCAAGUCCAUGAACAGGCGGAGUCUCAUGAUGAGACGCAAACGGAUCAUGAAACCCUCGCGUCUCGGGUUCGCAAGACGAUCCAAGGAAUAGCCGCCCCAGCUGAAAUCUUGGCCGAGACAGUGAUGAAGGGGAUGAGCAAAGUUGGGCAUGCAGCAGAUCCUCUCGUUCAGGCUGUGCGAUCGGACCUGGCAGGAACGGACGCGCCUGAGCUCACAGGCAUGGAAAUCUGCAGAAACAGCAAAACGGGAGAGUUUGUGAUCCAACAGGACUUGGUAGAGAACAACCGACAGAACUUGUCGAUGUUCUGUUCGAGAAAGAGCUUAAAAUGGAAAGGUCAGGAGCUUGAAGACGAGUUCGGCAUCAGUAUCCGACAAUAUUACAACUUUCUCAACUUUCUUACCGUUGCAAACAUAGCACUGCUUCUCUGCUCCCUCGUUGGAUGGCUUCCUCACGCCCUGAAUACAUUUCCUAAAUUACGCGAUGAGGAGGUCAUCAGGGCCUUGGAUGGCGUCAAGACUCUUUGUUACUCGCUGUCUGCAAUGUUGGGACCGGCUUAUUAUUUGAUCGACCUUUUCUAUUUCAAAGAUGCAUCUCAAGAGCAGUAUCUUGAAAGAAAGAUCAGACUAGAUGACAUCGACAGGAAGAUUCCGAUAGAAGACAAUCCCGACAGGCUGACCAAGUCAAAAUACAUGAUACUGUCCUAUUUCCUCUUUCUCCUCUGCCUCAGCGUUCCCAUCAUCGUCAUGUAUUUUAUCUUAUUCGGCCUCAAUCGAAUGAUGAUACAAGAAAAUUACAAAGUUGCAACAAAUUUUCCCACUAACUUCUCUGGGACGUCUCGAUUGCUUGUCGCGCUUCUUGCCAUCAGCACGUCCAGCAUUGCAAACUUUAUUUUCGGACUCGUUGCAGGGCUUCUGACAGACUUGGAGCUGCACGAGACGUGGACGGGCUACCGCAACCAUCGCCUGGCGAAGCUCGUGGUGUACAGGAUCUGCAACACGAUGGCUCUGCUCUUCUUCACCUACUAUGCUGAGGUCCCUUGGUACACCUGCAUGAUUACCAGGAUAGCUCUGCAGACGAUUCUUUUCGUGGGAAUGGACCUUGUUGUCACCCUUCUGCUCCAAAUGAUAUCACCCUUCGUGUAUCAGUGGUGGCUCAAUAUCAUUAAUUGUCGUCCUUGCUGCGAAGACCAACAGGACACCCGCGAGCCCUUUGAACUGACGGAAGAAUAUUUCAAGUUGGUCUUUCGGCAGUAUCUCUUGUAUGUUGCGUUGCCUCUUUGCCCUCUAUUUUCAGCCGCUACGCUUGUUUGCAACGUCAUCGAGUUACCUCUGAAUAAGUUUCGUCUGCUCCGGCUGACGCGGAGGCCGCAGGGGAUGCAAGGAAGCUGCAAAGCUCCCACGGGCAUCGGUGACACAAAGAGCAGGUGGCAACAGCAGGCGGAGCAUGCGGCAGCUCGUUUGAGGCCAUUGCAUGUAGAGGAAGCAGCGAUGAGUAAGUUGGUGUGCGGGAGGGAAACCAACAUGUCUGGUACCCGAUGUUACGUCGAGGAGGCUAUUUCGGCUCUAUGCGGGGGAGGAGCAUGCGAGAUGAACGUAGACUGGAGAUUACUUCAAUGUUCGCGGGGAAGAUAUCAGUACAGUUAUGCCAACUUCUCCAAGCAUGUCUCCACCUGCAUAGGUGGACAGAAUGAUGCCAAGCCCUGCAAGUCCAACAGUUACUGUGCCGGAGGGUUUUGUGAUUUUUACUGUCCCAUCUCAGAAGGGUCGGAGGAUGCGUAUGCUUCUCGCUUCCAUGCCUCCGCCGUCCCUGACGAGUUGUCGAUGACAGCAGCUCGAGCCCAUGCUGGCUCUGCCCGGAAUCCAUGGUUGGAGGUCUUGUGA